AUGGCGGGAAGAAGGAUGCUAAGUCAGUCGCUUUGGAGAAGUUUAUGCGUGCUAUCCUACUAUUACAUACCAAUGUUCAUUAAAGUGUUCAGGUUUAAAUUUUUGGAACCAUUCGCCGUCGAAUUUCUCACCGAUGUGUUCCAAAAAACGAUUACUGAAAGAGAAUCUUCUCAAACACGACGAGGGGAUUUUAUCGAUAUGCUGAUAAAGCUCAGGAACGAAGCUCCUGGACCUGGCAAGUUUGAUGAUUGUAGUUUAAUCGCUCAAGCAGUUACGUUUUUUUCUGCUGGUUUCGAAUCGUCAGCUUCGACCCUUGCAUUCACCCUUCACGAGCUGGCGGUCCAUGGAGACAUUCAAUGUAGACUACGAGCGGAAGUGGAAGAUGUAAUUCGUGAACGCGGGGGAUUGGACUACGAAGCAGUGAAUGACAUGCAUUAUCUAGAAGCCGUUGUAGCUGUUCCUGAAACGGGCCUGCUCAUAGAAAAGGGAACCCCAAUUGUAAUCGCUCAAUAUGGUCUGCAUUAUAACAGUACUUUUUUCCACAACCCCGAUCGUUUUGAGCCUGAAAGGUUUAACAGAGCUAACCUAAGUAAUAUUAAGCCAUGUACGUAUUUACCGUUUGGUGACGGUCUACGGAAUUGCAUAGGACAAAUGUUCGGUUUGCUUAUUGUUAAAAUUGGCAUAAUUCAAAUUUUGCGCAAUUAUGAGGUGAUAAUGAACGAGAAAAGCGUAGAACCUGUGAUCUUGUCACCAUUUCCCAUCAUACAAGCCAAAUACAAUCUCAACCUAACGUUUCAUCGUUUGAAUACUGACUAA